AAUUGUAAAAAGUGUGGACACGUACCAUGUCUGAUUGCGGGGACAGUGAUGUUUUAUGGAUACCAUACAAAGAAAGGCCGGAGUGGAGUGAUGUUACGCCUGUUCCAGAGGAUGACGGUCCCAACCCAGUGGUAGUUAUAGCUCAUUCGGAAAAAUUUGAGGAUGUGUAUGAUUACUUCCGAGCAGUUUUACAAAGUAAUGAAAAGUCAGAACGAGUACUUCAUCUUACCAAGGAUGCUUUGGAAUUAAAUCCAGCUAACUACACUGUUUGGCAAUACAGGAGAGAUUUGCUGAAACAUUUGAACACCGACUUGAGAACAGAAUUAGAUUAUGUUGAAGCGGUUAUAAAGAAUUCACCAAAGAAUUAUCAGGUAUGGCACCACCGUAGGGUUUUGGUAGAAUGGCUGCAAGAUCCCACAAUGGAACUUGAAUUGACAGGCGAUGCACUUCUACAAGAUCCAAAGAACUAUCAUGCUUGGCAACAUAGGCAAUGGGCUAUCAAAACAUUUGGGCUUUACGAAAAGGAACUAGAUUUCGUCGACAAUCUGAUCACGGACGACGUUCGUAAUAAUUCAGCGUGGAAUCAGCGAUACUUUGUAGUGAACAAUAAUUUAGGCUGGUCGGAUUUGAUUUGUCAGCAAGAAGUGUGUUACACUUUGGAAAAAAUUAAUUUCGUUAAAAAUAACGAGAGCGCGUGGAAUUACUUGAGAGGGCUGCUUAUACAUGAUAAGCGUGGUCUUAGUGGAAACGCUGUUAUCACAUCGUUUUGCGAAGAAUUGUACAAGAAUAAGUGUCGGUCGCCUUUCCUUUUAGCCUUCAUCAUAGAUGUAUGCGAGGAUGCUAUUAAAAAAAAAGAUACAAACUGCUUCCACAAUGCAGACAGGGCUGUGGAGUUAUGUCAGGCGUUGGCCACUAGAUACGACAAAAUUAGAAGUAAAUAUUGGAAUUAUUUAUGUGAAAGAUACAAGAAAUACCAAAGUGAACAGCUUAGUAAUGACAAUAAAACAAACGAUCUAAUAAUUGAUGAAUAAUUCGUUAUUUUAUUAUAUUUGUAAUCAUAAAUAAAUAUGGAGAAACGUCAUAACGAAAAUAAUAAUACCAUUAGUUUCACUUUUAAAAAAUG